AGCUCGGCGCCGAGGUCGUGCUCUUUUCGCGGUCAACCUAUAUGGCUAUAUAUAUAAGACCACCGGUCAUUGCUUUUUCUCGCUAGUCUGUCGCACUGCAGCCAACUAAGCACAACAUGAGGGUUCUCACGGUGUUCGCGACGCUGUGCCUCGCGGCGUCGUGCCUGGCCGCCGACACGCCCAAGGAGAAGCGCGGCCUGGACCACGGCAUCGGUCUGGGCUACGGCGGCGGAGGUUACGGUGGUGGCGGCGUCGUCCUGGGCGGGUCGUCCCUCGGCGGCAUCGGCCUGGGCUACGGCAGCGGCGUCGCCCUGGGCGGCUCCUCCAUUGGCAUCGCGUCCUCGGGGCUCGCCCUCGGCGGCGGCGCGAUCGGCGUGGGCUCCGGGCUCGUCCAGCAGGCCGUCCCCGUGGCGGUCCAGCAGGCCGUCCCCGUGGCGGUCCAGCAGGCCGUGCCCCACACGGUCACCACGGUGGUGCGACGCGUGCCCGUGUCCGUGCCGCAGCCCUACCCCGUGGUCAUCAACCGGCCCGUGCCCGUGUCGGUGCCGCAGCCCUACCCGGUGGCCGUGCCGCGCGCCGUGCCCGUGUCCGUGCCGCAGCCCUACCCCGUGGCGGUGCCCCGCGCCGUGCCCGUGGCGGUGCCCCGUGCCGUGGCCGUGCCCGUCGCCCAGCCGUACGCCGUGCGGGUGCCGCAACCCGUCGCCGUGCCCCAGGCGGUGCCCGUGCCGUACAGCGUGCCCGUCGCUCAGCCCGUGGCCGUGCCGCAGCCCGUGGCCGCCGUCAGACACGUUCCCACGGUGGCCGUUGCUCAGCCUGCCCUCGCAUACAGUAGCUCAACUCUUGGUCUCGGCUCUGGCAUCGGUGUCAGCUCUGGAAUCGGCCUCGGAUCCGGCAUUGGCUACGGCGGUAUCUCCUCCGGCUACGGUGGCAUCUCCUCCGGCUACGGCGGCAUCUCCUCUGGCUACGGCGGCAUCUCCUCUGGCUACGGCGGCAUCUCCUCUGGCUACGGCCUCGGCCACGGCCUCGGCAUCUCCUCCGGAUACGGCCUAGGACACGGCCUCUCACUGGGAGCCAGCAAGGUUGUGUCCUACGGCCACUAGAGUUGAUGGAGGUCAAGACAUCACUUCUAGUCUCGCGGGCGGCAGAAGAGGGCAGUGCGUAGGGUAUGACGUGCAUUAGUCCCAACUGAAAAAUCACGGGCAGUGAAACCUCCCCAUGCACAGUCAGCCUCCUCCAUCCACCUGUAAAAAGUAAACAUGGCGUGCGUUCGACUUUUGUUUAAACAAUCUUGCUUGCCGAUGUUUUUCCUCUCCUAGCUUACAUGUCAAAAUAUGAGACUACUGUGAACGGACUGAAAGCCGAAACAUUGAUUUUUUUUAUGCUCGUGAAUUAAACCAUUGAAGAAGGGUUGUGGACACAAAGUCGAAAAAACAAAA